AAGCUUACCAGGCAUUUUCUUUCAACUUUUUAGGGCACAGGAAGGAACCACACCUGGGGGUCACCAAAAUGUCUAUCACCGUAGAGGAGAAGAACUUCGGCUUGGCCAUGAACCCUCUAACCCAAGCCAAGGAAAUGGUGCGCUCCUAUAUCCUAAGGAACACCAAAGGCAUGUCCGUGACGCUCAUCCAGCUGGGAGCCGCUAUCCAGAGCGUCUCUCUCCCAGACGGCUCUAAGAAGGUGGACGAUGUUUGCCUGGGCUUCGACGACGUUGCCGGUUAUGUGAAUAACAAGGACUUCUACAUUGGUGGAACCCUGGGUCGUGUGGCUCACAGGGUGGCCAACGGCGAGUACACGGUGGAUGAGAAAACAAUCAGCCUCUCGAAGAACAUCCAGGACCAGCUUCAUCUAAACGGAGGGUUUAUUGGAUUUGACAGCGUCAUUUGGGAAGUGAUGCAGAAGACACCCGAGGGUGUUGUCUUUCAGCACGAGUCACCUCAUGGCCACGAGGGCUAUCCAGGCACUCUAACCUGCAAGAUCACCUACAGACUGGACAUUAAUAACCGUUUGUCAAUCAGUUUCGAGGCCACCACUGAUCAAUCGACGGUGGUCAAUCUCUCUAACCACGCCUUCUUUAACCUAGCUGGUCAUGGAGCCGGAGCCAAGGGACUGGCAGAGCACACGGUGGAGAUUGCAUCCAGUGAGAUCGUGGAAACGGAUGCUUCCGAGAUCCCAACAGGGAACUUAACCCUUGUGGCGGAUACGGUAUUUGAUUUGAGGUCACCCAUUGUUUUACGCGAUCGACUUCAGGAAAUGGAAAAUAAUAAGAUGAAGGGCUACGACAACUGCUAUGUGGUCAAUGGAGGUCAGCUGCUGAGGUCCACUGUAAAAGUGGCCAAGAUCGUUCAUCCGCCCACUGGCCGAUCGCUGGAGGUCUGGACAGAUCAACCUGCUUUGCAAUUCUAUACCGCUAAUGAUUUUAUCAGCGUUCCUGGAAAAAGAGGAUUUCGAUAUGUGAAGAACGGAGCCUUCUGCGUGGGAACACAGAAAUUUCCCGACGCCAUGAAUCACCCGACGUUCCCGUCGAUCAAUCUAGAGCCCGAAGAAACAUAUCGCCACGAAGUUCUAUACUGGUUCAAGAUCGAGAAGAUCUGCAGAUGCUGCUAUAAGUGAUAACCAACUUCUAGCUAAGAGGACUGAUAGAUCAAAGGCUCCCCCACUGUUAAAAUAAUUUACUCAAGCUAAAUUUUGUCCACAUUCCCCAACUGCAUAUAAAAUUCUAUAACUAAUAAAAAAUUUAAAUAUUUGCCCG